AUGAGUAGUGUGAAGCUCGGCACAAUGACUUCGGCGUUGGAGCGUCAAUGCACGCUGCUGAUCCAUCAGGAUAUCGCCCCGGAAGAUGCUGACGAACUAAAGAAGCAUCUUGAAUCUGGCGACCUUGAGUCAAAGGCAGAAGCGCUGAAGCGGGCAAUUUCUAUGCAGCUCUCAGGUGAGCCAGUUCCCGGUAUGCUCAUGAUGGUUAUCCGCUACAUUCUCCCUCAUGAGGACACUCAUCUACGAAAGCUUGGGCUAUACUAUCUGGAGAUUGUUGAUAAACAUGGACCCGACGGGAAAAUGUUACCAGAGAUGAUUCUUGUGUGCAACAUGAUCAGGAAUGAGCUUGUUCAUCCCAACGAGUAUACCAGGGGCUGCGCGCUGAGGUUUGUUUGCAAAAUCCACGACGCUGAGAUCCUCGAACCUCUCAUUCCUUCUAUUCGCCAGAAUCUUGAGCAUCGCCACUCCUUUGUUCGCCGUAAUGCAGUUCUUGCAGUACACACCAUCUUCGAGAAAUUCGAGUUUCUCAUUCCGGAUGCGCCCGAACUCGUUGAGGAAUUCCUCGCUGAGGAGGGAGACCUGGCCGCGAAGCGCAAUGCAUUUGUCAUGUUGUGCCAGUCAGAUCAAGAUCGCGGUGUCAAUUAUCUCAACAACAACAUUCAGCACAUUCCCAUGUGGGGCGAGACUUUGCAGCUCUCCGCAUUGGAGCUUGUCCGUCGCGUGUGCAGAGCGAAUCCACUGGAGAAGGGCCAAUAUAUCAAGAUCAUUUUCGUGCUUCUCCAAAGCCCGUCAGCUGCAGUUGUCUAUGAAUCUGCGAACACACUCAUCUCUUUGUCAUCGGCUCCGACGGCAAUCCGAGCUGCGGCGCAAUGCUACUGCCAGUUGCUCGCCACGCAGAGCGAUAACAACAUCAAACUGAUUCUUUUGGAUCGCAUCGUAGACUUGCGAAAGUCUCAAAGUGCCGUCUUGCAGGAACUCGUUAUGGAUAUUAUGCGAGCGUUGCAAAGCCCGAACAUGGAUAUUCGGCGAAAGACUAUUGAUCUUGCGAUGGAUGUCAUCACGCGCCGCAACGUGGAGGAAGUUGUUGGUGUGCUCCGCAAAGAGCUUGUAAAAACAAUGUCUGCCGAGACUUCUCAAGAAAAGGACACGGUCAGCCAGUACAGGCAAUUGCUCAUCAAAGCGAUUCAUUCAGCGUCUGUCCGAUUCCCAGAGGUCGCUGGAACGGCCGUCUCUGUUCUUUCGGAUUUCCUUGCAGAUACCUAUGGUGAUGCCGCCACUGAUGUUAUCAUUUUCGUUCGAGAAGUUUGUGAGAGGUACGAGAACCUACGUAGUGAGGUACUGAAAAGGGUCCUGUUUAUGUUGCCGUCAAUUCGAAAUGCGUCAGUGGUGAGGGGUGCACUCUGGGUUCUUGGCUCAUAUAGUGAACAGCCGCAGGAUGUGAAAGAAGCGUUCCAAGCUGUUCUCAGCGGUGUCGGUCGUCUUCCUUUGACGAACGGCCUAGAAGAAGAUGGUGAAGGAGAGGAAGAUGAGGACGAGGUAGAAAAAGAGGCGAAACCUGCCCCGAAAUCCAAGCGACCAACGAUUCUUGCUGACGGUACCUACGCUUCCCAAAUAGCUGAAACAGAGCUUGUAACUGGAGCUGGGUCUUCGACCAACGCCGAAAAGACUGGACCACCGAUUAGAAGCUUGUUGAUGGCUGGCGAAUACGUUGUCGGUGUUGCAGUGUGCACGAUGCUCACCAAAUUGGUUCUUAGGGUCAAAUCUUACGACAACGCCCCUCCUGUGUUUGUGAACAGAGUCAGGGCUGAAGCGAUGCUUGUCUGUGCUUCUCUCUUGAAGUUUGGAAAAUCACACUACGCUCCUGUCGCGAUUGACGAUGGUUCUGCGGAGCGCAUCAUUUCUUGUAUUACGACCAUGAAUGGGGAAACGAAUGGUGACAUCUGGUUGGAGUCCAGUCGAGAGGCUUUCCACGAAGUGAUUCGUGUGAAUGAAGAGAGACAAGAAUCUGCUGCACAGGAGAAAGCGAAGAAAGAUGAGACACCCGUGGAAGAAGUAAUCGAUUUCCGCUUGCUGCGCUCACGCCGCACCACCGCCGCCACGGAAGCUGAUGUAGAUGUGGAUGAAAUGGCCUUGACCUCGGCAACCACCGGAUCUAGCACCUCGCAAGGUUUCCAGCUCUCUCGCAUCACUCAAUUAACUGGUAUGAGUGAUCCUGUCUAUGCCGAAGCCCACAUAACAGUGCAUCAGUACGAUAUUAUCUUGGAUGUCUUGGUCAUCAACACUACAAAUGACACCUUGCAAAAUCUAACUCUGGAGUUGGCGACAAUGGGUGAUUUAAGGCUUUGUGAGCGCCCUCAGUCAUACACUCUCGGCCCAGGAGACCGGAAAACUAUUCGUGCGAACAUCAAGGUGUCCUCAACUGAAACGGGUAUCAUUUUUGGAAACAUUGUGUACGAUGUGGCUGGUGCGGGGUCCGCUUCAGGCUGUGUAAUCCUGAAUGACAUUCACGUGGAUGUAAUGGACUACAUCGAACCCGGAGAAGUGAGUGACACAGACUUCCGAUCGAUGUGGGCAGAAUUUGAAUGGGAGAACAAGGUUGCAGUCAACACGACUUGCAAGGACCUCUCGCAGUUUUUGGACUUCGUCACGGAAUGCACAAACAUGCGCUGUCUGACACUGCGUGGAAUUGAAGAGGAGAGUGGAUACCUUGCAGCAAACCUGUAUGCGCGGUCUGUAUUUGGGGAAGAUGCGCUUGUGAAUCUAAGUGUGGAAAAAGCACCAGACGGUUCGCUUGCUGGAUACAUUCGCAUUCGCAGCAAAACCCAGGGUAUCGCACUCAGCCUCGGUGACAAAAUUACCUUAAAACAAAGCCAGAAACAAGGGCCGAAGUAAAGUAAUGUAUCUCUUCGUGUAGUACUAUCUUUACCAUUUUCACCAGCGAGCAUCACUUCAUCUCGUGUCCUUCUCUUCCCUACAUUCAAUCUCAUUUGCUAUCUCUCAUAAAAUAACUGUGACGUCCGCAGAGCAUUCGACAGCGU